AUGUUUUAUAAGAUUUUAAAUCGCAUUUGUUUUUUUGCCGUGGUAAUGAUUGUAAUCCUCUAUAUUUCAAACUACACGCUGUUUGAAGAGAAUGGUAAAAAAAUAAAUAUCGAAUUUUUCGAUCAGCCCGAAGAUAAGAGUGACUAUCGAGUUAAUGUAAUAAAAAGUCGCGAGAACAUGUCUAGCAAUGAAAUUUUGUUUGGGUUCUUGAGGCCUAAAAGUUUGGAAGGUCUGCUCGGUGAAGUGAAAGUUGUUUCAAUGUCACUGUACGGUAGCCAGCCGAGGUAUGUAGGAGGAGCAUUGAAGAAUGCAGAGUUGGUCAAAAAGAAUUUCCCCGGCUGGACCUUACGGAUUUACGUGGACUCGUCAAACUCCUCCAAGUAUGAAGCUGUUCCAUCGAAUGUUUUGAAGGAAUUGGAAGGCCUUGGUGUUGAUGUUCACCGCGUGGAGAACGACGAACUCUCCGUGCCACCGAUGAUGUGGAGAUUCUUAGUAGCAGACGAUCCCACUGUCGAUCGCUUCAUUAUUCGAGAUUCUGACUCCAGACUGACGGAGCGGGAUUACAAAGGUGUUCAGGCGUGGAUGGCUUCCAGGCAAGCAUUCCACUGCGUCAGGGAUCACCCGACCCAUGCUCAGCAUGCAAUAUCGAGAGGGCUCUGGGGAGCGAGAAAAAUCUGGCCGAGAGUUUCCAAACACGCUUACUGCUCAGAUAGUGUUUCAUGUGAUAUAUAUCCUAAUUCAUUUCCUUUUCCCGUCCCAAGACCACUGACACCAAAUAUACAGGCUUGGGACGACAGAGACGUAGGAAAUUCAGAUGACAUUAACGUCCUCAAGCCAGUCGGCGAGAAUAAGAACUGCACUCAGCCUAUGACUCGCGUAAAUUUCUAA